CGCUUUAUUACAAAGAAAUACAUCACUCAUCCAUAAAACACCCUAUUGGUGAUACCUGCGAAGGAAUGUCGAUGAUGUAGACAUGCCACUUUUUCCAGUUCCAAAUUCCCCAUGACGUAUUGAACCCCCGUAGAUUUUCCGUGGUGGGGCGACUCGAGAGUUCCUUAUACUACAAGAACAGCUGAGUAGAAGUAUAACAUUAAAUCGCUCCCAACGAAUCUAAAUACAAAAAGCGACUCUGAUAAUAUUCAAACAAAUCACCCAUAAUGGAUAAAUCAAAUUUCACCCCUCCCGGAAUCACCACCACAGCCGCGAACCAAGCCCAGAAAGCAAUGGGUGAUCGCCCAACAACCACAACAAACACACCUCACAUGCGCGAGGGCGAGACACAACUCACACUACAAUGGUAUGGAAACAGAGGUUCGUAUUCCUCCUACACUAUCCUCCACUUAAAACUCAUAAGAAAAUCUAGAUGUUCGAGUCAUAGAAGCACCCGUCCCAGCAAUCGCCGAGCCAACAGACGUAAUAUGCAAAGUAACAGCCACCACCGUCUGCGGAAGCGAUUUACACCUGUACAACAAGGAAAUCAUGCAGCUCCAACGGGGAGACAUCCUGGGUCACGAGUGGAUGGGUGUCGUCGACGAAGUUGGAUCGGAGAUUAAGAAUGUGAAGAAGGGUGAUCGGGUCGUUGCUUCUUUUCAGAUUGCGUAAGUCAUACCACCAACUUCCAAAAAUUGCUAUUGUGAACUGAUCUCUAUGUAGAUGUGGGACAUGUAAAUUCUGUCAGGAAGGCUUAUCUUCCAUGUGCGAUAAAACCAAUUCCUCAUCCGUACAAGAGAAGCUCUACGGUAAACCGUUCGCUGGUUUAUUCGGCUACAGCCAUUUCGCGGGUGGAUUCGCAGGCGGACAAGCUGAAUACGUCAGGUGUCCAUUUGGCGAUGUCAACCUAUUGAAGAUCCCCGACAGCGUUCCCGAUGAGAAGGCACUUUAUCUCUCAGAUAUCGUACCCACCUCCUACCACGCUGUGCAAUGCGCAGAUGUCGAGAAGGGAAAGAGCGUUGCCAUCUGGGGAGCUGGUCCUAUUGGACUCCUCGCCGCGAAAUGGUGCAUGUUAGCAGGAGCACGACGAGUAAUCGUGAUCGACAAAGUGAAGGAACGUCUUGCUCUGGCUCGGGAUACGAUUGGAACCGAUAUCAUCAAUUUCGAAGAAGAAAACGAUGUCGUUGCCGCAAUCUACAAACUCGAGCCCGAGGGAGUACAUUGCGGUAUCGACGCAGCUGCAUUCCGAUAUACCAAGGGAAUACUCCACACCGUCCAACGAGCUGUCGGAUUAGAAACCGAUUCCUCCGAAAUCGUCAACGAAGCUCUACGAGCCGUGCGGAAAUUCGGCUCCAUCUGUCUCGUGGCCGAUUACGCAGCCCUCACCAAUCAAUUCCUCAUCGGAGCCCUGAUGGAAAAGGGAAUCACCCUCCGAGGCGCCGGACAAGCUCCUGUGCAGAAGUAUUGGAAAGAUCUACUGAAAAAGAUUGAGUCGGGAGAGUUUGAUCCUACCAUCAUCCUCUCGCAUCGUUUCCACAUCGAUGAGUUUAGAGAGCUAUAUGAGGCUUUCGAUAAGAAAGAGGAUGGGAUCAUGAAGACUUUUGUGCAGACCAGAUUUUCCGGCCCUCAAGCUCCUGGGACACCGGCAUUGAGUAGUUUCAAAGCUGGAGACGUGAAGCCUUCUGCGGUGGUAUAGAGGUGGAUUGGAAUGUGCAAAAAGAUGAUGUAUUAGUAUAAGAACGCAAUAUAAUGCCAUGACGAUUA